CUGCAGGGACAUUGCCCCUUAUUUACCCCUACUGACCCCCAGACUCACACAGUACAAACUACAUCAUCUCUGUGUCACCGCCUCGGGCUUCACAGUGAGACCGGAAGUGUAGGGGCGUCACACUCACGUGACCAAUGAAACCGGAAGAUAACUUGCGAGAAGACGCUUCCGUUCACGUGACUUGCUGGGAUUUUGGAACUGAGACCGAGAGAAAGAGCCGAAUGGCGGCCAGAGGGGAGAAAAGUUGUGGCUCUGGGACGUGGAGCAGUUGUGCAGCUGAGGACAAAACCAGAUGCUCCUUAUCACUGACUGGAGACAAGACUCAACCAACAGGUUUCAGUGAUGAGGAACAAGUGGUCGAUAUAAAACAGCCCUGGUCAGACAAUGGCGUCUGUGACGAGUCUCGUGAAGCAGAUCUGGACUUUACCCCUCAUCUCCUCAGGCGCCAGAACCAGGAAACGGAUCCAGCGAGUGAUACUCUGGGGUCUCCUCCCCUGGCUGAUUACUUACAUGUGCGGAUCAAAGAGGAGCCCGACUCCUGCGAUGAAGCGGAUGUUUCUGAUUAUACAAUAGUAACAGUGAAUGAGCAGAUGGAUGAUGAGUCCAGUAUAAACGACAGCUCCUCACCAGAUUAUCCAUCGGAUGCUAUAAAGGAAGAGUCCGACUCGUGUCCAGAAGGAGAUCCCUCUGAUUUCAAAAUCGUGGUGGUUUCUGAUCCAAUGCAGGAGUCGGAUUUUCCCAUGAAUACCCAUAUUGAUACUAACACAGGCAACAUGUACAUGUGCCAGCUCUGCCACUCGGGCUUUCCCACUAAGCGCAAGCUCUUCAGACAUGAGAGAACUCACACAGGAGAGAAGCCCUUUUCUUGUUCUGACUACAGCAAGUAUUUUACCCACCGCAACAACCUUAAUGUGCAUGAGAGAAUUCACACGGGGGAGAAACCAUUCACCUGCUCUGAGUGUGGGGAAGGCUAUACACAUCGCAGGCAACUAAAUAUCCACCUCCGCAUUCACACGGGGGAGAAACCAUUCACCUGCACUGAAUGCGGCAUAUGCUUCAGGCAGAGCUCCCAGCUGUUACUCCACCAGAAGAACCACUCAGGGGAGAAGCCACACUCAGGGGAGAAGCCACACUCAGGGGAGAAGCCAUUCAUCUGCUCUGACUGUGGGAAAACAUUCAAGUGGCGCUCAGUCCUGAUCAAACAUCUCAAGACUCACGAUAGCAAAAAGACAUUUUCUUGUCCUGACUGUGAGAAAUGUUUUAGCAGAAUUUCUCAGCUGACGUUGCAUCGUAAGACUCACGUCAAGAAUGAAUUCUCUUGUUCACAAUGCGACGAGAGCUUUGUGCAACACUCGCAACUGGAGCUGCACCAGCAACUGCACUCGGGAGACAAGCAAUUCACUUGCUCAAAGUGCAGCAAAUGCUUCAAACGCUUCUCGCUUCUCAAGGAGCAUCACCGCAUUCACACAGGAGAGAACACCUUCACCUGCGAGGAGUGUGGCAAGUGCUUUACACAGAAGUCACACCUGACUGCGCACCAGAAGAGUCACCUGGGGAAGAAGCCAUUUUGUUGUUCGGAAUGUGGGAAACACUUUAAGCAAAACUCACAGCUGGUGGUGCACCAGAGAACUCAUGCAGGGGAGAAACCAUUCUCUUGCGCAGAGUGCGGCCAAUGGUUUAAGCUGCAGUCGAUCCUUACUGAGCACCAGAAAUCUCACACAGGAGAGAAGCCAUUUUCUUGUUCUGACUGCGGCAAAUGUUUUAAACGUCACUCACUCUUCAUUGAGCAUCAGAGAAUCCACACAGGAGAGGACACGUUUUCUUGUUCUAUAUGUGAUAAAACUUUUACACGCCUCUCCCAUCUCACAGCACAUGAAAAGUUCCAUGUGGAAAAUAAUCCUUUGCCUUUUCUAAAUACCCUCACAUUUCCAGGCUUAGCACAGAUCUUUCAGGACUAGCAAACUUAGGGGGCUGUUCCCGCUGAAUUAUGCUUAGUACAGGGGAAUACCUAUGCUGCCAUAGUUUUAUGGGAUCUCUAUGUACAGACUAUAAGCAAACUUAGGGACUGUUCCUGCUGAAUUGUG